AUGGCGAGUGCUAAAAUGGCAUCUAAAAAAAUUAACUAUGGAAAUGAUAUUGUUGAUAGCUUUGAUAAACUAUUCAAAGAUGAUGCUUUACCAUCAGCUGAAAUACCAGAAUUCAUGAAAAGUGAAUGGGAUGAAAAUUUAGAUUAUUUGUACUUCCAAAGAAGAGUAGUGCUUGACUAUUUAUCAAUGUACAAUUUACAAAAAAGUACACCUGGGCGUCCUAAAGGAAAAUUAACUUCGGCAAACAAAAGAGUCAGCAUCGAUGUUAGAACUGACAGGAUUGACCAUUUUCAAAGCCAAUUGGAAACUCAGAAGCGAUGCGCUCACUGCCACAAAAACACAAGAAAGGGUGCAAAAAUGUAA